GGAAACUCCAGUAUAGAGAGUAUUAAAGAGGAGGAGCUUGUGGGUAUAAAACAGAGCCAUAAACAGUUAAGCUCAGUCAGUCUCAAGCUCAGCAGUCAGAAUGGAGUUCAAUUUCCUCUCUCUUCUCGUUCGCUUCGCUGCCCUGAGUCUCAUCUGCUGUCUGCUGGUCACAGUUGAGGAUGCAGAGAGCACGUUUGUGCCAGGGAGGUGUAAAUGCCCAAAGACACAGAUGACUGUCAGAAGACCUAUGAUUGACCUUGCAGUCACCCUCAGUAGUCCCACCUGUGACAACGAUGAAAUAAUUGUGGUUCUGAGGAACAGGGCACAAGUUUGUGUGAAUCCGACAGGACGUCUGGGGAAACGACUGAUCCGUUGCUGGAAGAGGGUUACUAAGAGUGGUCUGAACAAGAAGAGGUGUCUGAAGAGGAAAAGGAUUCAGGGCACUAGACAGAAGAAGCAGAAAGGUCAAGCUAGACGGCUCGCUGCAUCCUGAGACUCCAAAAACCUACAACUACCCCAGGCCUAUCCUGCCUGAAAAACUACAACCACCCCAGCCGAUCCUGCCUGAUACACUACAACUGCCAUGGGCCUAUUCUGAGGGAACUACAGCUUCAAUGGAAGUCAGAAAGACUCGGUACUCUAGUCUCAGGCUGGAUAGGAAAGAUCUGUUUAAGUAAUACAUUGUAGAGUAACCUAUCAAUGACUUCCAAAGCUACAUUAUAGCUUCUCUUUACAUGUAUUGUUUGGCAGUGCCCAUGCAUUGAGCUCUCUCAAACAGGACUGUCAGUUUUGCACCCCAACACUAAAACAACUGGACUAAAAGCACACUAAAACAACAGUAGCUUUAAAGAAGCAAAGAAAAUGUAAAAAAUAAAUAAAGGUCUCAAUAGAAAAGCUGUUCAGCUGAGACCAGGAGACGCAAUGACUGGUGAAUUCACUGCUGGUUGGUGAACAGAACUCAUUGAGCCUGUAGUCAUUUACAAAGAUGACAUUGUUGGAAUUUACAAUUUUAUACCUUGUUUAAUGUGUGGGUGUUGUUUAAUGUUUCUCUAUUGUGUGUGCUCUUUCUUUAAUCUCUUACUGCUAAGAAUGAAGGAAGGUAUUUUUAUAUCAUGCAAUUUUGUAAUAAAACACUGUAUUUUCUCUAUA